AUGACGCAGAAGGUCGGACAAUACACCGAGUAUGAUGCCAGCGCGGGCAUCUACUCAUCCCGGGUACCCUACAGCCCCGAAUCGGCGUCAUGCAUCUUCGAGUACCUGCUAGGAUCAGUCGGCUUUGAUGAUGCUCAAGAGGUGCUUAGAGAGUGUGCUAGUGGCAGAACCAUCUCGCUCGGCCAGCUCAAGCUGACUGCGCAGAGGCUCGGAAUAGGCUUGAUCCGCAAGUGCAAGCUCAAGCCCGGCGACACGGUCCUGCUCUAUCUCUACUCUUCCAUCGACUUUGCGGUGGCGUUGCUCGCCUCUCAAUUCGCAGGUCUGCGUGUCGCGCUUGCCAACCCAGACUACCUUUCGACCGAACUCAAGCAUGUCUAUCGCCUCACCAAGCCCAAACGAGUCUUUGUCACCUCCAAGUACAUGAGCAGACUCAGUCGAGCUGCCAUCGCUGGACAGACGCUGAUCCUCACCGAUGGCGACGUGGCAGGCUUCGGAGGUGUGUCCUCGAUCAAGAGCCUCAUGGUGGACGAAUUCACGGCCCAAGAGGCCAAGGCGCACACACCGGCAAACCUCAACGAGACUGCAUACCUUCCGUUCAGCAGCGGAACGACCGGGCUUCCCAAAGCCGUCGAGAUCUCGCAUAGCAACGUCAUCAACAUGAUCGAGAUCUUCCGCCACACGCCGGCACUCUUUCCCAAAGCCGAUGAUGGGUCGGAGGAGCAAUUCCGAACUCUGACCUUCCUGCCGUUCUUCCACGCAUAUGCGCUCAUCCUCAUGCUCCACUAUCCGAUUCGAGCGCGCGGUCACACCAGCAUCAUUCGCCCUUUCCAGCCCGAGGCCUACUGUCGUCUGGUCAAGGAGCUCAAGGUCAACUUCCUGGCGCUGGUCCCGCCCGUGCUCACUCUUCUCACCAAGCAUCCCGACGCCACACCGGAAGCCUUCAGCAGCGUCAAACAGUCGCUCUGUGGAGCGGCACCACUCGACUUUGAGACGCAGAGUCAAUUCACCAAAAAGACAGGGGUGCCCGUCCAGCAAGCAUUUGGUAUGACCGAGACUACAGUGGGCGCGCUCGGUCUGCAUGGUGACGAGGCGUCCGGCUCGGUCGGCUGCUUGUAUCCUGCCACUCUGGGUCGCAUUCGCGAUGUCGAAACGGGUAAGAACCUAGGCCCAGGUGAACGCGGCGAGCUGCUCGUCCGCGGCCCCCAAAUCUGCAAAGGAUACUAUGGCAACAAGCAGGCUACCGCCGACACCUUUACCGAAGACGGCUAUCUUCGAACAGGCGACAUUGCCAUCGUUGAUCCACGUACUGGAGAGUUCAGCAUCGUCGACAGGCUCAAGGAGCUGAUCAAAUACAAGGGAUUCCAGGUGGCGCCAGCUGAGCUCGAGGGAGUGCUUGUUUCGCAUCCCGCCGUUGCUGCUGCGGCUGUGGUGGGAAUUCAUGACAAGGACCAGGGUACCGAGCUACCUCUCGCGUUCAUCGAGCUGAAAGCAGGACAACAAGAUAUUUCCAAAGUCACGCAAGACAUUGACGCCUUUGUGCGCUCCAAGGUUUCGCACCACAAGUACUUGCGCGGGGGCAUCCGCAUCCUUGACAAGGUUCCCGUGAGCGCCAGUGGCAAGAUCCUCCGAAAGGAAAUUCGCAAGCUGCUCCAAGCCGAGAUCGAAGCCAAGGCGUCUCCCGCAAAAGCCAAUCUGUAG